AUGGCGACGGCGACCGCAGAGGCCGACUCGAAAGAGUCCUCUGCUCAACCACAACCCCAACCUCAGACUCAACCUUCCGACCCGAAAUCCCCGAAUUUCUAUGGUUACUUGUUCAGUCCGGACAAGGCACCGACACCCAUCUUCGACUCCCUCCUGCGCGCCAUCGCCCUCCACAUUAUCACCGACAUUGGCGACAAACAUGUCCUAGCCUUGACCCCUCAGAAGCUGGCCGCCUUUUACAAGGCCGUUGGUGGUGAUUAUGAUUCCCUCUUCAUCGACAUGCCCUACCCCGCCAUAUCCUACAUCUGGCAGGUUACGGGCUGUCAACACUCCAUGCAACCCUCCGACAACGAUUUCGACGCCCCUUCCGUUCCGGCCCUGACACUGCGUGGUUUCGUUCGGUGGGAGUCGAUAGAGAUCCUGUUGAGCCCUGAGGAGCAUGUUCCCUUCAUCCAGCAAGCCGUUAGGACCUGGAACCUGAAGCAUCCCGAAACGGGCGAGCCUUUUCCUCCAGACCUGCCCGCGGAAGCUCUCCCUAGCCAGCCGGAUGCCGGAAUAGAGAAAUGGCACAAGGAGUGCGCCGAAAAGUUGAGGAAGGCGGCAGCACCGAAAGACGAACCUGCAUCUCCCAAGACUGCAACCAGCCGCCCAGUAGAAAGAGAUGAACCGAGAGUCAAGGCAACCUAUGUACACGUUCGCAAUCCCUACCCAAAGGCAUCGGCCAAGCCUUCGCCUCCUCCUCGGGGCCCGCAAGCAGACUAUUUCGCCCCACCGACCCGGCCUCCUGUAGCUUACAGCCAUGUCCCAGGGCAUGCUGCGAAUAGGUACCCCCCUUCGCGUCUAAACAUCCCUCGGAGUCCCGAGCAAGAUCGUUUCCGGGGACAAAACUCGCCAGACGAUCGUCGACGCCGUAGCUUCUCGGACUACCCAUCUCCUCCACAUGAUGCCAUGCACGCCGCCUCCGAGAACCUGAACUUGCAUCCCAACAGACCUCCCACGCAGCCUCGCAGGCAUAGCCAGCCACGACACUACUCGUCGUCCUCGACGUCUGAUGCCGACGAACCCGCGAGUCCGCGAACCAAACGGAGGCCCCACACGCAUCAUUCUAAUGAGCCGCCGCCCCCGGGCUUCCGGCGCAUGGGUCCACAGUCGGGGCCCCAGCCGCCACCGGCGCCACAUGGUCCGCCUCCAGGAGCUCGCAUUCACCGUGCCGAUCUGAGGCCAGACGACGCGCGUCGUCGCAGUAUACCGAUCGUAGAGGGUCUGAGGGACAAGAUUACUGAGAAGGUGUCAUCAAUCCUUCCCAACGGCCGGUCGCCGGAACGUCAUCGAAGCACCUCUGGCCGCCGAAGCGAUCUGCCUUUGCGCCGUAGCCGGGAACACCUGCCAUCUUCCAAACUCAACCGCAGUUGGCCUGACAUCGCUUCCGAGGACUCAGGAGGGUCGGAUUCCGAAGAAGAUGAGCGACGGCGUCGUUUUAAAGCUCGGGAACGUAGAGAGAUGGAAGAGAGAGAGCAGAGGGAGAGGGAGAGGGCGCGUGAAAGAGACCGUGGUCGAGACCGAGACCGCAGACGCGACCGGGACCGGGACAGAGACAGGGACAGGGACUUGGAACGUGAAAGAGACCGGGAGCGCGUCGUGAACUGGGAGAGGGAAGAGGACAUUGAAGCGCGUAGACGGAGGGAGCGACAUUUGGUACGGCCCGAGGCACAGCGCCGAACAAGCAGCCACGCCGACGUGGACCGUAUGCGAGGAAGGGGCGAGGCCUCAUGGGUCCCUCGUGAUCGUGAGGUCAGGGAUGAUAGGAAGCGGUGGAAAGAGCGCGGGACCAGCCCGGUAAUCUCUGGAGUUGGAGGACGACAAUACCCAACUGGACCGAUUCGGAACUAA